CCACGAUUGGGGUAUAAGGACGGCACAGAGGUGUGACACGUAUACAUAGACGACGAGUAUCGACUUGUUUACGCUCUUCCCUCUUGUUAAUCCCUCUCUCUCAAGAUAUAAACACACACAAUGGGCAUUUCACUAUGGCUAUGUCCUAAGCCCUCUAGUCAGAUCCACGAGACGCUGUCUUCCCUAUCGACAGGGCUGGUCUCUAUCUGCUCGGAAUCCUCACGCGUUGAACCUCAUAUCACCAUAACGUCUGGAUUGGCGAUAAAUUCGCAUGCAGAUGUCCGCACCGUUCUGGAGAGUGCCAUUGCAGCACUUGGACACGAGAUACGGUUACACGUCAAGCUCACCUCUUUAGAGUUGCAGGCCAAGAAUCACUACUUCAAGAAGUUGUUUUUAAGGGUGGAGAAAUCGAGGAAUCUCGUCAGUUUCAGCACGAUACUGCGUGAAUUAUACGUUGAGUUACCAACUCUGAAGAACGAGGCAGAGGCAAAGUACUCUGCACAAGAUUGGGCAAGGGACGAAUUUGACCCCCAUGUUUCACUUCUAUACACAAACAUAGAACAAUAG